UCAGAAGUGGGAUUCGGAGGCCGUUAUAGCCGACAAAUGCCAUUCCUGGUUUCUUCAUAAUGUCAAGUAGGAAACGAGUAGCACCGCGAGAGCGCGCGGCUUCGCCUCAUCCAAAUGUAGGUAGCCUGGCGGCCACUAUGGACGCGAUUCUCAACCGCCUGGCCACGUUGGAGCAGCGCGCCAGCACUCCCGCGAGCGAGGCGCCUGGCCUUGCGAUAACGCAGGCGGGACAUGUGGGUGGAGAAACCGCGCCGCUUGCGCAGACACGUGGUCGCGCGCUGGCCCCGGUUCCCGAGACGAGCAUGCCGCCGCCUCUGUCGGGUGACGGCCGCACCGCCAGCCCUGCCAGCUCCGCUACAUCGGUCGCAGCUACACCGAGCGCAACGGAGCGCCUGAUCGAGGCCCUGAGAUCCAUCCAACCGGUGUAGAAGACCCGAUUGUGGAGGCAGUGCCAGAGCUACGACAAGAGCCACAGCCGGGACCAAGCCGCUGUGCGCUACACCCAGGCCAUAGGCCAGCCGAGGAGAGCAGCGACGACGCAGCUCCGUCAGGAGAGGCCGUGUUAGCGGCAUCCCCUACUCAUAUGGCAACACCGACGACCGAAGCUAUAUAAGGACGCUCCAACCAACACUUGCCCCUCUUUUUUUUAUUCUUUCGUUCGAAGCGCGCGCUCUUAAGAUUACGUUCAUUUCUUUUGUAAAUUAUAAUUUUGUAAAAUAUAUCCGAUUUGUUUUGU